AUGAAUGAUGAUUUUCAUUCGAUUAGUGAUAAAAUAACUCCAGCAUCAACUAAUCAAUCAAGAAUAUCAUAUAUAAAUAUUCUAAAGAGAAAAGAACUCGUAUGGAUUACAUUUGGUGUUAUUAUUAUUUUAAUUAUAGUAUCAAUAACUAUUUUAUUACCUUUUAUUAUGAUAAAAAAUAAAAAUACAUCACAAAUAACGACAAUAACAACAACGAUAAUAACUACAACAACAACAGCAACAGAAGAAUCAUCAUUUACUUCUAUGUCAAAUAAUAAUUAUCUUAAAUGGAAAUUAGAUUUUUCUAUUGUCGCUGGUGGAAAUGGGUAUGGAACUAACUUAAAUCAAGUUAGUUUAACUCGAGGAAUCUAUAUUGAUGAUGAUAACCAAACGAUUUAUAUUACUCAAUAUAAUAGUGGCCGGAUUGUUGGAUGGAAAUUCGGUGAAAAAAGUGGUGAAGUCGUUGCUGGUGGAAACAAACAAGGAAAUAAAUUAAAUCAAUUAGACAAUCCAUCAGACGUAACUGUUGAUAAAAAAAAUAAUUUACUCAUUAUUUGUGAUCAAGGAAACGAACGUGUAGUACAAUGGUCUCGUCAAAAACUUAUAGAUCCGAAAAUAAUUAUCGACGAAAUUAAAUGUAACGGUGUAACAAUCGAUAAUGAUGGAAAUAUUUAUGUUUCAGAAGGAGAGACACAUAGUGUUAAACGACUGAAACAAGGAGAGACAAAGGUAACAACUGUAGCAGAAUCACAAUCGUCUGUUAUAGAUCGUAUACAACUGAGCUAUUUAAGUGAAUCAUUUUAG